AAUGGGAGACACUCCUCCUGAGGGGAUGGUCCUCAAAGAGAACCUCUACCUUUAGAUCACCUGCCUGUUGAAGGCUCAGCACCUCCCUCUUCUCUCAAUCUGAGUCACCUUUUGGGAUUUUGGAGUUGAAUACCAUGGGGACUCCAAAUGAUCAGGCAGUGUUGCAGGCCAUCUUCAACCCUGAUACCCCAUUUGGAGAUGUUGUUGGGUUGGACCUAGAAGAAACAGAAAAGGAAGAACUAGAUGAAGAUGGAGUUUUCCCUCAAGCACAGCUGGAGGAGUACAAGGCCCUGGAGCUGCAGGGGGUGAUGGCAGCAGAAGUUGGGGACCUCAGCACAGCCCUGGAGAGGUUUGGCCAAGCCAUCUGCCUGCUGCCUGAGAGGGCAUCAGCCUACAACAACCGAGCCCAGGCCCGGCGACUUCAGGGAGAUGUGGCAGGCGCCCUGGAGGACCUGGAGCGCGCCGUGGAGUUAAGCCGAGGCCGGGGCCGCGCCGCCCGCCAGAGCUUCGUGCAGCGCGGGCUCCUGGCGAGGCUGCAGGGCCGGGACGACGAUGCCCGCAGGGACUUCGAGCGAGCGGCGCGGCUGGGAAGCACCUUCGCGCGGCGCCAGCUGGUACUGCUCAACCCCUACGCCGCGCUGUGCAACCGCAUGCUGGCUGACAUGAUGGGGCAGCUGCGCGGGCCGCGCAACGGGCACUGAGCGCGGCCGGGGGGACAGGAGGGGCCUGGAACCAAUAAAGCUACCCGGCCUCACCGAC